AUGGCCGACUCCGCACCACCAAUCCAAGCUACACUCAAAGUAGACCUUCCGACUUACAAUACCAAUGUACAGACGUCGUUCAUUCAAUUAGGUGCCAUCUUUCAAGCAAGACACAUUACCUUGCAACAGUCAAAAUUUGCGUACGUCGUCGAGAAGCUACUUGCCGACGUGGCAUCGGAGGUAGCAGACAUUCUCAAUGACCCUCCGUCAGACAAACGAUAUGAGCAAAAGUUCUUCUCUCCAAAUAAGGGCACUUUCUCCACAUUCUCCGACCCACCACUUUCUCCCCCUCCCUCAAUCACUCUUUGUAGAGAGAAGUCUUCACCUGUCUCUCCUUUCACUUCUUUUGCCCAAUCCCCAAUCCCUCUCAAAAACGUAUUAAAGAAAAAAUUGCACACUCCGGCUGGAUUUGAACCUCUCUCUCUCUCUCUCUCUCUCUCUCUCUCUCUCUCUCUCUCUCUAUCUAUCUAUCUAUCUAUCUAUCUAUCUAUCUAUCUCACUAUCUAUCUAUCUAUCUAG